CAGCAGCAGCAGUCAGUCAGUGUACCGUGGGCCGCCAGUGGGAUCAGACACGCGUCCCUGUUCCUUCCCGUCCCUUGGCCACGCUCCCUCGCCGCCACACGUUCGGCCGAGGGCAGCGCGCGGCGACCUGAGCGAGGAGCUGCAGAACACGAGGCGGCCGGCAUGACGAAGGACCUUACCCACCUCAUUUAAGAGCGACCAACGGAGAACUUUUACAUAUCGAAGUGACACAUAUCAAGAAGACGUCCUCCUCUUCCUUCUUCUCCACCUGUCCUUCCCCUCGUGCCUUCCAUCCAGCGCGUCGAGAUUAACCAUGAAAGAAAACGGGACGAGUAACCAACGACCCUGCAUCCACGUGAGGCCUGGAGGCGGGUGUGUCGAGGGGCUGCUUCCUGCCGUGUACGAGGCCGCCCUGGUGCACUCCGAAACGCAUCACCAUCGCUCCAACCACAGCCUCCAGCCCGACCAGAGCACCUCCGCCAUCAUCUAUGUGUCCAUCGUGGUGGUGUUCUACGUGGUGAUCAUCGCGGUCCUGGUCGGCACUACGCUGCGACGCCGAGGCCUCGUCAACGAUGAACCAGAGGACUCCAAACACCUGCUUCUAUACGACGAAAAAACAGACUCCGUAACCACUACCCCGGCCGUCCCAACAUCCAAGAUUCACGAGGCGGGGCUGCUAACGGUGUAGAGUCCAGAGGCGCGUCGCGGGGAUGAAGGAGUGACUUUGAACGAGCGAGAGGGAGUGAGAGAGGGAGAGUAGAGAAGGAGAAUGAAGGAGGAGGAGGAGGAGGAAGAGGAGAUAAGAGAAGGUGAAGGACGCGAUAAUAGCUUUAGAGGAAGAGGAAGAAGAGGAGGAGGAGGAUAAUUCAGAGCAGAAGGGAGAGGAAAAUGUAUGAGAUGAGAGAGAGAGAGAGAGAGAGAGAGAGAGAGAGAGAGAGAGAGAGAGAGAGAGUGUCCUAUGUCUUCCUGACCUUGAGAUAAAGAGAGAGGGAGAGUGAGAGAGAGAGAGGGAGAGAGGGAGGGAGAGAGGGAGAGAGAGGAGGUAAUGGAUGAGAGAAGAAGACACCAAAGACCAUUAAUCCUUUAUCUUCUCCCUCUCCUCCUUCUUCUUCUUUUCCUCCUCCUCCUCCUCCUCCUCCUCCUCCUCCUCCCCUUUAUGACAACAAGGCAGUAAUGAAGAGUCUUGAUCUUCGGAAGAUUUAACCUUAUUGUUAACCUCCUCCUCCUCCUUAUCCUCCUCCUCUUCUUCCUCUUCCUCUUCUUCAUUCUUCUCCUUAUCGUUUUCCUCCUCCUUCCCUUUCUCAGUCACCUCAUCUUCCUUCUUUCCCUUAUCAUUCUCCUCCUCCUCCUCCUCGUCUUUCUCCUCCUCCUCCUCUUCCUCUUAGUCCUCUUCAUUUUCAUAUUUCUCCUCCUCCUCCUCCUCCUCUUUCUGCUCUUCAUCAUUCUCCUCCUCUUCCCCCUCCUCCUCCUCCUUCACCUUUCUUCCUUAGCUUCUUCUUCCUUCUCUUCGUCUUUGUCCUCCUCCUUUACCCUCUUCCUCCUCUUCAUCCUACUCCUCCUUAUCACUCUCUUAUUUCUCCUCCUCCUUCUCCUACGUAUCGUUCUCCUUCUCUUCCUCCUCUUUAUCAUUCUUCUCUUUCUACUUCUCCUCUUCCUCCUCUUCAGUUUCCUCCUACUCUUUCUCUUUAUAACUUUCUUGUUUCUCCUCCUCCUCCUCCUUCUACGUUUCCUUGUCUUCCUCCUCUUCCUCCUCUUCCUCCUCCUCCUCCUCUUCUUCAAUUUCAUGUAAUAAUGCACAAGGCGACGCAAUACACACACACACACACACACACACACGCACACACACACACACACACACACACUCACCCUACCCCCCACCCCCCACACACAAACAAGCAAACACACAAACCACACACCACCACCACGACCACCAAAAUUCCACAACAUAUUUCAAACAGUUUCAAAAUUAAGCCUCAGUUAUAAAUUCCAACUAGCGGACUUAGUUCCUGCCUCUCCCUCUCCCUCUCCCUCUCCCUCUCUCUCUCUCUCUCUCUCUCUCUCUCUCUCUCUCUCUCUCUCUCCCCCCUCUCCCCCGAACCUACCUAAGCGAUUCUACACUUCCCAUUUUCUAUAACCAAGGGAGAAGCAACAGAAAGGGUGGACCAUUACAUAACCCUCACGGCCCCUCUCUACAGCGCCAGAAUAACCGAUGGUGGUCAGUGUGAUGAGAGAGGAAGGGCAAACGGAGGAGAACUGACUGACUAAGAUAUUCGGAAACCAUAGACGCCGAAAAGAGAAGGAGAAUAAGAGAGAGGAAAGAGGAGUUAAAGGUGUGUCAAGGGGGGGUUUUGCUCCUAUAUACAGCCUCCCCGUGUACUAUAUGUAUAUGUAUAAACUGACCCACAUAUCAGCCACUUUGUAGAUUAGUGUGAGAGAGAGAAAGAGAGACUGAGAGAAAGAUUGAGAGAAAGGGAGACUAAGAGAGAGAGAGAAGAAAGACUGACUAACUGACUUUACUUAUUGACUGACUAGGAGAUAAAGAGAUGGAGAUACAUAGAUAGAUAGAUAGUUAGAGAGUGAGUGAGUGAGUGAUAGAGAAUUAAGGAGACUAUACCUAACGGACAAACCUACAGACAGACAGACACUUGGAAUUCGUCGACGCUAUGUUACCGUACGAGAGUGUGAGCUUGAGUGGACGCGGAUAACGAACAGGAAGCUCAAGCGAAUACCUGGGAGGACAUUAUUACUUACUGAGACGAAAACAUUUACCGCAUUCCACAUUGUACUGAGAAUGAACCGUAUUUACAUCA